AUGGGAAAUCAACUGGACCGGAUCACCCACCUGAACUACAGCGAGCUGCCCACGGGGGAUCCGUCCGGGCUGGAGAAGGACGAGCUUCGGGUUGGCGUGGCCUAUUUCUUCUCUGACGAAGAGGAGGAGGUGGACGACCGCUCUCCGUCCGACUGCGGCUUCACCAAGGACCUCAGCACAGGCGAGGAAGGACCCUUAGCGGUCAGCGAAGUGGAGUACUCCGCCUUCUGCUCCCAGGAAUGCAUCUUUUCCAAGCUCCGGGAGAACGAGGACCUGAACGUGCACUCGGCCAAAACUUUGCUGACUAUGUGCAAACCAGGGGACCUGCUGGAGCUGGUGGGCACGGCGCAGGCGCCCCACUGGGCCAUCUACGAGCAGGACGACCGGGUUAUUCACCUGCACAAGGGGGAAAUUCGCAAGGAUAGCCUGCUUGAGAUCUGCAACGGCCGCCAUGGAAGAAUAGUCAACAACCGUUACCGGUACCGACCGCUGCCCGCCGACCUGGUGAUGCAGAACGCGGCGGGACACCUCGGCCUGAGCAGCGGGGAAAUAUGCUGGACCAACUCGGAAAGUUUCGCAGCCUGGUGCCGCUUCGGCAAGCGGGAGUUCAAAGCUGGAGGCGAGGUGCACUCGGCGGAGCAGCAGUAUUUCCUCAAAGUGCAUCUGUCCGGCAGCGGGGUGCACACGCUGGUGUUUCGCAGCCUGGAGGACAUGAUCCGGGAAAGGCGGCGAGUGGACGCCAGUGGAAUUCUCAAAGAGCUGUCUUUGGUGAACGGCGGGAAGGAAUGAUUUGGCAUUCCGUUUGAUGUCCUCUAUACUCCCCCCCGUCACCACUACCACCACCAUCGCCCCCUCCCUACCCCCCGCGACUCAUUUGUGGACGCGCGCAUGGGCGCGCACGCACGCACGCACACACGACGGGGACCUGUUGGCUCUUGGACGCUGUCUGCACGUCGGAACAGACUUCGGACUUGCGGCUGGUGCCACGCGUGUCGCUGGAGUUUCCAUCCACACGCACGACUCGGUUUAAAACAGAGGAAGACGCGGCAGCACGAACAGACAACGCCCCUUCAAAAAAAAAAAAAAAAUGGUGCGAAUUUCUACGCAGUCUCAUUGACCCCCCCCCAACCCCCUUAAAAUCACCUUGUACCUUUAAUGCCCAACAUAGCACACACGGCUCGGUUCGGUUUUCUUUUUUUCUUCGGGAAAACAGAACUCGCCCCUUCCCUGCAUAGGGCGCGCUGCGGCAGACCAGACGG